AUGUCGGCCAAGGAACACGUCCCAUACUACGACAACAGAAACCUGUUACAGAAAAAUGAAAACUUCUUUAACUAUUACAUCCAUCAAAAAAUAAUCAACGAAAAUGAAGUGGAAAAUUUUAUGACCGUUAUAAACACAGAAUUACCAAUCACAUUUCGCGUUCUCAACAACAACAAGUACAGCAAAUUUAUUCACGAAAAUAUACGAAAAAAAUUGGAACAUCUUUGCAAGGACAACUAUGCGAUUACCAAGUUGAAUGAAGAGGACCAGAUGUAUGAGAUAUACCUGACGAGGUCCCAAAUUAAGAAAGAUGAAAAUUAUAAAAAUUUGUACAACUAUUUAAUAAACUUAAAUGAGAGUGGGUACAUAUUUAGACAAGAGCUGGUAAGCAUGCUGCCAGUGUUGUUUCUGAAAUUGAAAGAGAAUUUUUUUGUUCUGGACAUGUGUGCAGCUCCUGGCUCUAAGACGGCUCAGAUUGUGGAUUACAUGCAUCUCAUUAGCAAAAGGAAUGUGAAAAAUUAUUUGAUUCGGAAGUUUAUUCAGCGGAACUCGUCCCCUUUGCGCCGGUCCCUUCAGGGCGCGCGCGCGUUCGAGGGGGAAGGGAACGCCAAUUUAAUCAGCGAAGAUAGCUGCAUGAGCGGCGACGAUACCAGCGUGAGUGAUCAUGAUAGCAUCCAACGUGGCAACGGCCUCAGCGAAAAUGGCGUCCGCUUGAACAGCAGCCAUGGAAAUCCCUCCUCUGAGGAGAAAAACCCGCUGCACAGAAGCUUGUACGACGCGCUAGACGGAAACGAAUACGACGAUGAACUGUUUAAGUAUAUCCUGAACGCAGACAACCAUCUGUACGGAUACUACAAGAAACUGAUUUCGAACAACAACCCCACCGGAGUCGUCAUCGCGAAUGAUGCCAACUUUACGAGGUGCUGCAUGCUGUUUCAUCGGCUAAAAAAUAUACACAGCAAUUGUCUAGUGGUAACAAACAACAACGCGAUUAACUUUCCUUAUAUUUAUGUGAAAGAUGAUGAGGGAAAUACAAAUGAGAAGAGGUACUUCGACUCUGUUUUGUGUGAUGUCCCGUGCAGUGGCGAUGGGACUCUGCGAAAGGACAGAAAUAUCUGGUUAAAUUGGAACCCAUUUAAUGCCUACAAUUUAUUUCAAAUGCAAGUAAGCAUUUUAAAAAGGUCCAUCGAAUUGACCAAGGAAGGUGGGAACAUUGUGUACAGCACAUGCUCGCUAAACCCGAUUGAAAAUGAGGCCGUCAUUUGUGAAGUUUUCAAUUCGUUAGAAAAUAGGAACUGUCUCAAAUUAAUCAAUUUUGGGAACGAACUUAUAGAUAAAUUAAAUUUUAAACAAGGACUAACUGAAUGGAAAGUGAUGAUAGACGACCAGUGGUUUGAUACGUAUGAACAGUAUUGUGAUUAUUUGCAAAAUAAGGAACAUGGGAAAUAUAAAAAAAUUUACGACAAAAUACAGCAUGGGAUGUUUACUCCGGAAGAGGAAUUCAUCAAUGAGAUUAACUUGAAAUACGUGAAACGAUUUUUUCCUCAUCAUUACAACGCAGGGGGGUUCUUCAUAGCCGUUAUUAAAAAGUGCGGAAAGCUCCAGUGGAAGGAAGAAAAAAAAAAAAAAAAAAAAAAAAUUUACACCAAAUUGAAGAAGGCCGAUAAGGACGAGUACGGGAAAAGGUACAAAUAUAGAAGACAUAAAAGGAGGAGCAAAAAGAAGGACAAGGGAAAAAAUGGCGACAUUUUUCCCUCCCAUGAGGUAGUUCAAAAUUGUAGUGAACAAAAUGGGAGUGCCGAAUCGAUGGAUGGUAUUGUUCACAUUUCUGAUUAUGUUCCCAAACAGGCCAAGCAAAGUGGCCACGCGACAUUAUCCUCUUCAAACAGUAACUUACACAUGAUGAGCAACAACGCACAGAGGGUGGACCAAAACGAUGUGGAAGAUAAUUACAACGUAAUCGACAUUAACGAUGUGAUGACUAGCUACAACGUUGUGACGAGCAACGAAGUUACGAAGAAGUACAACCUGAUUGACAAUGACGACCUUAGCAAUAAGUACAACAUGAUAGACAGUGACGACCUUAGCAAUAACUACAACAUGAUAGACACUGACGACAUGGUGAGGAGUUUCCAGCCCACUGGAGGACACGGCAGGGAGGUAAUAAGUCUCAUCAAUAGGCAGAGUGAGGAGGCGCUGCGCAGUUACGUGGGUGGCGAGGUGGGCAGCACAUCGGAGUGCAAAAUGGAAAGCGAAAGGGAAGAGGAAAGUGACGCAGGAAAGGAAGAAGGAAAUGGGGUGCCAAAUGAGCCAGAAGCGGGAGGAGGCCAGCGGCAGGAGCGCAAAAUGACCAAGCAACAAGAGUACGUGAGUCUGGAGUACUACGAAAAGCUGCGCCCAACGCAUGACCUUCUAAACAGAAUAAAAAAUUAUUUCAACAUGAAUGACAACUUCAUGUCCAUUAAAAAUAAUUUAUAUAUUCACCUCAAGGAUGACUCCAACUUUGCAAAAUUAUCGAUCGACGAGAGGAUCAAUGUGAACAUCAAAAAGAUAAAUUUGGUCAGCAAGCACACGAAGGAUAUCCUAGAGUGCUACACAAAAAUAAAACUAAAGAUUAUCAGUGCGGGGAUCACCGUUAUCCAGAUAGACAAGAAUAAAAAGAACGGAGUGGAAAACUACUACCGAAUAAACUACAGUGGGUGCCUGAAUUUCUUGCCCUUGUUUAAAGACGUUGAUACAUUUUUGCUGGACAAGACAUGUAGGGAGGAGAUUGUCAAGAGUUAUUUUGCUCCUGUUUAUGAAAAUGAGCAGAGGGUGUUUGACUUUGAAGCCUACAUGGACAAGCUGAUUGAUCAGCGGAAGAGCACCCUGUCCAAGGGAGCGGCCGGGGGGAGAGAGGCUAAGGCUAAGGCGGCAGGAAAAGUGGAAGAUAAGGCAGAUGUGAAUAAGGAAAAUAAUGCCGAUAAAGAAAAGGAAGACAAAAUGGAGGAGGAGGGACAAGCCGAAGUGAAGAAGGAAGAUAAGGCGGAUAAAGAAAAGGAAGACCAAGUGGAGGAGGAGGGACAAGCUGAAGCGAAGAAGGAAGAUAAAGCGGAUAAAGAAAAGGAAGACAAAAUGGAGGAGGAGGGACAAGCCGAAGUGAAGAAGGAAAAUAAGGCGGAUAAACAAAAGGAAGAGCAAGUUGAGGAGGAGGGAGGACAAGCUGAAGUGAAGAACGAAGAUAAGGCGGAUAAAGAAGAGGAAGACCAAGCGGAGGAGGAGGUCGGACAAGCUGAAGCGAAGAACGAAAACGAGGCAAAAGAGGAAAACAAAAACGAAGCCAGCGUGGAGAACAAAGACAACCCCAUCGCGGACUACCAAGAAGUGCAGAGUGACGUAAACACCAUUUGGGUGAAAAGCGAUGCCAUCCUGGAUCUCAUAAAAGUAGAUAAGUCGAAAAUAAAUAACAUCACGAAAGAGACCAUUAGGCAGACGGCAAAGCUGACGAAACAUUCCCCCAACAUUCUGUUAACCCUCAAUAGGAAUAAGCAAAUUUUGGCCAUCCCUGCAAAUAAAGGAAACCUGUUUGUAGACAUUAGCAUUGAUAAGAACUCCAUUAUCAUGCUGCCAUACAUCUUAAACUAG